AGCCGGGAACCUGCCGGCGACAAGGCGGUGGGUGAGGCGCCGGCUGCCCCGCCUGCCUCUGCGGCCAGCCUCGGCGGCUCGCCCGGCGGCCCGCGCUGCCCGCCUCCGCCUGCCGGGGACGCAACUCACCGCGGCGGCGAGCCCCGGCGGCGAGGACCGCUCGGCAGCCGCGCCAGGGCCGGGGUGCGCCGGCGGGAUUGCAAAUGAAGUGCGAGAACUGCACCAAAAAGGAAUGCAGUAAAAAACAGAAAAACGAUGAUACGCAAAGUACAUCUGUUGAUGCAUUGAGUUCAAAUGAUGGUUUUGAAGAGAAAAAUGAAUUUCAUACAUUGGCUAAUGCUAAAAUACUCCUUAGCGACUGCCUAGCUUGUGACAAUUGUAUGACAUCAGAAGAAGGAGCCAGAGUUUUCCAACAGAAUCAGAAGGAGCUCUUUCGUAUUCUUAACCUUAAUAAGAAAUGUGAUACCUCAAAACACAAAGUGUUGGCAGUGUCUAUAUGCCCUCAGUCAUUGCCUUAUUUUGCUGCUAAAUUCAAUCUCUCUGUGAAUGAUGCAGCCAAGAGACUCUGUGGUUUCCUGAAAAGUCUCGGGGUGCAUUAUGUAUUUGACACCACUAUAGCUGCUGAUUUCAGUAUCCUGGAGAGCCAGAGGGAAUUUGUGCAGCGGUAUCAACGGAGGAACCAGGAGGAGCAUGCCUUACCAAUGUUUGCCUCUGCUUGCCCUGGUUGGAUCCGGUAUGCUGAAAGGGUACUUACCAAUCUUGUGACCUCUCACAUUUGCACUGCAAAGUCUCCACAGCAGAUCAUGGGCUCCCUGGUGAAAGGCUACUUUGCCAGGCAGCAGAACUUGUCUCCUGAUAAAAUUUUCCAUGUAAUUGUGGCGCCUUGUUACGACAAAAAACUGGAAGCCUUGCGGGAAGAUUUCUACACUGCCUUGUAUAAUUCGCAAGAAGUUGAUUGUGUUCUGACAUCAGGUGAAAUUGUCCAAAUAAUGGAACAGAAAAAUGUGUCUAUGAAAGAUGUGACUGAAGUAGCUGUAGAUAGUUUGUUUGAUGAAAUAAAGGAGGGAGAUGUAGUAAGGCAUGAUGGGAAGAGAUCGGAUGGUUACCUGGAACACAUUUUUAAACAUGCUGCAAAGGAGCUUUUUGGCAUAGAUGUCAAGGAAAUCACCUACAAAGCAUUAAAGAACAAGGACUUUCAAGAAGUUACCCUUGAAAAGGAUGGUGAGACAGUGCUACGUUUUGCAGCAGCUUAUGGCUUUAGAAAUAUCCAAAACAUGGUUCUGAAGUUGAAGAAAGGAAAGUUUUUAUACCAUUUUGUAGAAGUCCUUGCCUGCCCAGGAGGCUGCCUAAAUGGAAAAGGUCAGGCACAAACUGAAGAUGGAAAACCAGAUAAAGCACUGCUUAACCAGAUGGAAGAAGUGUAUGCUGCAAUACCUGUUAGGCUUCCAGAAACCAACAUGCACGUUCAAAAGAUGUACCAGGACUGGCUGGAAGGCAUGGACUCUAAGAAGGUCCAGGAAACUUUGCACACCAAAUACAGUGCAGUAAAUCAAACAGCAAGCAGUUUGGAUAUCAAAUGGUAAUAAAUCAAACUCGCAAAAGAUUUGCUUAGGUUAGUUACAGAUUCAGCACUGGAAACAUUCUAUGCAAUCGCAGAUGCUAUGCACUAGCCGAGUGUAUGAAUGAGAUGCUUCCUAGUUGUGGAUUAUUAUUUGUGAAGAACUAUUGCUUUUUAAAAACAGAAAGAGAAGUCUCCGAAAGCCCUGGUUCCUGCCAUUGUCAUUUAACUUUUACUGUGUGUAAUCUCCUCCGUAUAAUGGAUUUCUUUAUUCAAAAACAUGAUCUUGCAAGGUACAUAAGCGCUUUCUGCCAGGGGCAGGGAGUGUAAUUCCUGAUGAAGUUACUCCCUGAAGUGAAGGCUUCCCUUAACUUCACAAAAUGGGCUCCCCCAAGAAGGCGAGAUUAUUUUACUGCUACUCCUAGGUAUGCAAUCCCUUUCAUCACAGGAAAACAGUCAUCAUGAAUUUCAACAUUGUUGCAGUUGCUGUGAAGGAACUUGGGAUUUACUUGCCUUUGUAACAAAAAACUCCCUUUACAGGGACAAGUGCGUAUAUGGAGAAGUAUAAUGAAUUUAUGUAUGCCUUCUGUCCAUAUUUUAACAAAAACUAUUCAGUUCCAAACUAGUCACCAUUCCUUACUGAUGUAAUAUUUUGUAAGGAGCAAGAUACUUCAUAUAAACUGAACUUGGGAAACUAAUGCUAAAUGGUAAUAAUGCAAUCCUUCAUUAGAAAUAGUUCCAAAUAGGUUGGUUGGUACAAAAAGAGGACUUUUCUUUCCUUUUAAGUUUACUUAGAAACCUGCAGCUGGGAAGAAUGGUGCUGCUCGCUUUGGCUUCUGUAUGAGGGUGAAACAUGCAUAUGCACUGUCACAUGAGCAUAUGCAUACUACAACUUUGCUAGAUUUGUUGAGCCAGACUUACAGCACUUUUAUUCUCUCAUGUUUCGGUACACAGAAUACCAGAUUGUUCUUUAUCUCCAUGUUGACAGACUUCUGUAAAAAUAACUUCAUGGAGUGCCUCUGAAGAAAGUACUUAGCAAUGCCUGUGAGCUCAUCAAAGUUACUGUACAUUGGCAUAAUGAAUUUUGGUACACUUAUUUUAAGUAUGCCGCAGAGGUUUCUUUUAACAGACAUUUUAAAGUGGUAUUUGCAUGCAAGCUUUUUUGCAACUUCAUGUUGCAGAGGGUUAUUCAAGAAUGUGAUGGACAAAAAAAAAAAAACCUACUGCCAGACUUCUUCAGAUUUUCCUAGCAGCACCAAAUUUGUUAACAAUUAAUGGCUGUUUGAAGCUAGCAAAGUUUCAGCUUGCUUUUUCCAGUCUGAAAGUGUGGAUAGGCUUUUUUAAUCAUUUCAGGCAGUUCAAAUGACUCUUCUUGUAAAUUUCUUAAUAUUACAACUGCUUGUAUGAGUAAGAUCUAAUACUGCAAAAACCUGUGUGUAUUUGAAAUCCGCAUUUAACUUGAACACAGUGGAUGGGAUAAAGGCAUCAGUGAAGUCAAUGCAAGUUCUUGCAUUGGCCAAACAACAGAGGCUCAAAAGGAGAGAGACAGACUUAAGUAUGUUACCCCAAUGACAAGAGAUAGUUCUCUUAAUGUGAAGCUGUUAAUAGAAUUGCAGCUUUCAAUUGGACCUCCACCUAAAUAACAAAACAUUUCACUUCGAGGGAUGUUUUCUUUCAAGUGCAAAUGAAUUUGAUUACUCUGCUACCUACAUGCACACAGUAAGAUUAUACCCAUAAAUUAGCCUUUGUAAGUUGUUCCUUGUUGUAAUAAAAACAUUAUACUUAUGUGGUGCAAUAUCAGAACAUCUACAGAAAUCUACCUCUGUACAGGAUGGGAGUCCAGAAAUCAUGGGAAGACCUAUGUAUAGCUGAAACUGUAAUAAAUGUCUGCUAAAGAAAGAUGGUGGUGUUGCAUGAAAUUUCUGAACAGAUUACUUCUAGAAGCAACAUCCAACUCCUUUGGUCUGAUUUCCUUUAUCUGUCAUGAUUUCCUCCAACAACUUCAACAGAAUUAUCUUGUAAUAAGUGGUCUUGUCCUGUUUGUAUAGGCAUAUGUUUCUAUGUAUAUAUGGUUUAUAGCUUGAUGGCAUGUUUAAAUUAUAUUGCUUCAGUUCUUUGUAUAGUAUGCUUACUUUUUUUAUGUGCAUAUACUGGAUGAAAUGGUACGAAAAAGUUGUUUGCUUUUCUGACAAAAUCUUCUCUAAACUACACAAGAGCUGCCUUGCUAUUCUGAAAAGAUACCCUUGAACUGUUUGUACAACUUGAAACAUCCUCAUCUUGAUUAGGUGGCACUGCUGUACAUGUUCUCUUUUGCCAUUAUGCUUGCCUGUUGCACUAAAGAGUUUCACUCCUAUGCUGGUGGGAGACCCUAGGAAUGGGCCAGUAGGUGAAAUAAAUCCGUCUACAGCAUACUGCGCUGUGCUCUCACCACAAGGGAAACUGGUGGCUCAGUGCAUAAAAUAAACUAUUUCAGUUGAAUCUACCAUUUCUUCCAUCUACUCAAGUGUUUUAACCUAUUGAGAUAGUAGCAAUGUAAAUAUCUAGUAGAUUAUUUGUCUGCCCCAGUAUUCUUUUGAAAGACAAGGCAGGCAUCUAACUUGGGCAGCUUUUAGUGGCUAGGUGGAAUGUAUGUAUUAUAAGUAGUGACUUACAGUGACUGAUACUUGUCUUUUUUUUGUCAGCUUUUGUUUUAUAAGACUUUUUGGAGCAAAACUGAUUUUAAAGCUCUUUUCUUUGAAGUGCCAGUUUAAAAGAAAAGUUUUUUCCCUUAAGUGUAGUAAGUCUUUUCCCCUCCACCUUCUUUCACUGAAAUUUUAACAUAUAUCAGAAAACCAUGUUGCAACUUCAUAUAUAGUGAAAUACUUGCCUAAGAUUUGAUUCUGGCUUUUAAAUCUACAGUUGAGAAGUCUGUCAUUAUUGACAAUAUGUGUUUCUAGCCACGCUUUCUGAAACUACAGCAUUAUUUAGUUCCCUGAUACGAUUUUGGCAACUAAUAAUUUUCAUUGCUACUGCCUUUUCAGCAAUGGGAAAAGUUCCUAGUGUGGUCACAGCCAUAGUGCUUUACUUCUCAGUUGAAUGUUUUGCUGAGACAAUCUUGUCUCUAGAUGAUUUUUAAGAAAUACUAAAUUGGAGGGAUUGCAGGGAAGUAACUGGAAAUGCUAAAUUAAUUUGGAAAUUGUCUUGGGGUAUUACUGACUUGAGCAUAUCAAGUGCUUAAUACCUUGGGUUCUAGUACUUUAUUCUGAGACUGCUACAGCACGGGAUACACAUUGUGAAGUACUUCUGCUAUGCCUUCUCCAGUAAGUUUGCCUCGGCCACAGCACCUUGUGUUUGUCCACUAUAGUUAAUGAACGUGGACAGACAUGGGCUAUGCUAUCACUUAGAAUAAUGGAUAUAUCUGUAUGCAGCAGCCUCAACUGGAUUAUAUUUGGAUAAUGUUCAGUUACCUAAAUUUUGGUGCUUUGUAUUCAAAUGGAGCAUGACCAUGAAUUGUCCUAAAUAAAUCUUGAUACUGAA